AAUAGAAAAAACAAAAUCGAGAGGAGUGAAUAGAACGAAUAUCGAAAUGCGCGCCGUUUACGACUUGUUGCUGAGCAACGCCUUUGAUCCCAGAAUGGUACUGCAAAACCACAACACUGUGGUGGCCCGUUCCACCUUGACCCCGAACAGCAGCAGCCAGAACUUUGGCUCCCAUCCGAUGGAACACCCCGGUGGAUCGCCCAAUGGAUCCGGAACCGGACGUAGUCCCCUGAACGCCGGACCCAGCACCCAGCGUCCCAUUGUGGACCUGCUGGUGGCCAUGGUGGCCGUGCCGGUGCUGAUCCUCUGCGCCCUGCAGCUGGAGAAGAAUCUGCGGGACAACAGCGUGGAGUCCCGCUGGCUGGUCUUCGCCCUGGGCAUCGGGAUGCUGGUGAUCAGCGUGAUCAUUUGCGGAUAUGUCACGCACCGCAUGGGCGUCUGCAUUUGGGCGGGACCCAUCGACGAGGCGGGAAACAGGGCCACCAAUGGAGCCAUGCCACAUAUCAACUCCCAGAACGAUGUGCUGCGCAUUGUGGACUCACUGCCGCCAAGUUACGAGAGCGUGGUCAAGUACGAGCUGCCGCCGCCGGCCUACGAGUGCCUGGUCAUCGAAAUGGAUCGGUCGAAGUACUUGGAGCCGGCACAGACCUCAGCCAAGCCAGGAGGUGGAGGAUCCACCUCCCCGCCCGGUACCACCCUGCACAUCUAGUGGGGCGAGGGAGGGAUUUGAAAGGACUAAUGGAGCAGUAGAAGGAGGAGAGAGAAUUAAGAGAUUUUUUCCCAACUGGCAGCGCAACGGAUUUCUGUACUUGACCCACUUAAAGUAACCACAUGCAAGCAAAUCUAUAACCUCGAUAUCGAUAUCGAUAGGUGGUGUUCUGGAAACUCUGGUGUUUUCGAAAGUUCCCAGAGCAUUUAGCUGAAUGCCGCCAAUAUAUCCGUAUGUCUAUUAUACAUUUUUAGCAAAGCAUUAUGGCAUUGUAUUUACUUUGAUUUUAAGCAGAUAGUAUUUUAACUCGUAGAGCCUAUCAAUAACGAUAUCGAUUCUCUCGCACUGUACAUAGAGUUUUUUGAAACGCACAGCAUCUAGUCCAAAGUUGUAUAUAGCCGAAAAAGAAAUAACGGAAACACACAUGAUGCGCUCAUAUAAGUUUUAAACACACAUAUUGUAUAUUGAAUCAAUGCCAGGGCAGGGCGGCAAUCAAACAACAAAACUACAGGGUAGUAAUUAGUCUUAGUCUUAGCGUUACGCCUGUAUAUAACUAUGUAUGUAUAUUUCGAUUACAACUACUUUUAUAGCCAUAUCGAUAGCGAUGUCGAUUGCCAACAAAUGUCGGAAAACGUUCACAGUUGCUUUCCAGAAAUAAAGAAUUCCUAUUAAGUUUAUUGAAAUCCAA